AUGGAGACCCAACAGGUGCACCGUCUCGAGCUCGACCCCAGCAAGCGGAUCCCGCUCCUCAAAGCCCAGCUAGAACACCAUCACCACCAUGACCCUUCGCAUUCGCACGACCAUGGACCUGAACCCGCCCUUCCCGUGGCCAACAUCAAGACCCAUCCCACCAAAGCCUCGACAGGUGAAGAAACCGGCAGUGUCUACUUCAUCGGCAACGCCACCACCGUAAUCGAAUGGCACGGCAUCCGCAUCCUGACCGACCCGAACUUCCUCCACGCCGGUGACCAUGUGCACCUCGGACCCGGCGUAACCGCCGAACGGUUGAAGAACCCAGCGGUUGACAUCGACGCCCUACCGCCGCUUGAUUGCAUCCUCUUGUCCCAUUACCACGAAGACCAUUUCGACAAGCUGGUGGAGGAGAGCUUGAACAGGGACUUCCCCAUCAUCUCCACUCCGCAUGCGAAGCAGGCAUUGGCUGGCAAAGAAGACCCGUUCAAGGCCGUCUACGAUCUGGAUUUCUUCCAGUCCAUUCUUCUCCCGGUGGUCAACUACAAGGGCGACACAGGAGGGAAGAAGCCCGUGGUCAAGGUGACGGGCAUGCCGGGGAAGCACGUCCCUCCCGGGCCGCUGGCUGCCGCGAACGACCUGCUUGGGGCUGUCCCACCGACCAAUGGGUGGUUGAUUGAGUUGAACUACUCGGCUGAUGGGUCAGAGGCCAGAGACGAGACGGGCUAUCGCAUCUACAUCUCGGGCGACACGCUCUUUGUGGACGAGCUGAAGGAGAUUCCGCAGCGGUUGAAGAACGAGAAGAUCGAUUUGAUGUUGGUUCAUCUCGGUGGUACCACGAUUCCCGGACCCAAGUUGCCGUUGGUCAUGGUAACGAUGGAUGCGGAGCAGGGAAUCAAGCUGAUGAGGUUGAUGGAUCCGGACGUGACGAUUCCGGUGCACUUUGAUGAUUACAGUGUCAUGUUGUCCGGGCUGGAUGACUUUAAGAAGGCGGUUGAGGAGGCUGGGUUCCAGGACAAGGUUGUAUACCUGGAUAGGGGUGAUCAGUAUCGGUUCAAUGUCCGUGGAGCUUGA